AUGCAAAGAAGUAUGUCUGGUAGUGAUGAAAGUGGCUUUGAUAUGGAAGAGCCUUUUCAGGACUCAGGUUCUGAGUUUGUUCCUUCUGGUAACUGCAGUGAAGCUGGUAAUCUCUCUGACAUAGAAGGCACUUCCAGCGAGCCAGUUAUUAGUAAGGGAGCAAAAAGAAAGAGAAAUGAAGGACAGUGGAAGAGAAAUAUUAGAAAAAGAAAACGUGGUUCUGGCGAAGAAUACGUUAACACCAGGGGGAGGGUGAUUCCUUCUAAGAGUUUUGAAGCCAAAGAUUGCCCAUUAGGAUCUCAUACUUUGCAAAGUUCUUAUAUUUUUGGACAUGUCAGAGUUCUAAACAAAGAACGUACGUAUACAACGGAAAAUAGAAAACCAAAGGAACACAGUAGGUGUUAUCUUUUGCCAGAUGAAAAAGGAGAAGACAGAAAAGUUUGCAAAACUUUUUUUAAGCAAUCUUUGUAUGUGUCGGAUGGCCGCAUAACUAGAGUAUUGAAAUCGAAAAGCACUACUGGAACACCACAGCCUGAUAAACGUGGAAAAUCCACAUCAGUUAAUAAAACGUCUCUGGAAAAAGUCACUGCUGUUAAAGAUUUUAUUAAUAAAAUACCGGCGUACGAGUCCCAUUAUUCUUUAAAAAAAAAUCCAAAUGUCAGAUAUCUUUCUCCAGAACUAGACCUUGCCAAGAUGUAG